AUGGCUUGUAGAGGAAAUGGUGUUGUUUCCGGCGCUGCAAUCAUACAGUGCUCCUCUCACACAAGUGUUGUCCUUGUAGAACCAUCCACUCGAUUCAGUAGUGCUAUCACAUUUGGCAUCAUUGAAAUACUUGAAGUAAACGUAUCCGCCAAGAGUCAUCAGAAAUAUGGUCGUGGUAAGUUCCUACCAGAGAAAGGAAGCAUCUAUUUACAUAGUAAAUCAAAAUUAGAAAGAGAGAAUCAUAUGAUGGAUGAAAUGAAUCAAGAAAUUUUAGAUCUAAAAAAUGAUUUUCUAUCAAUUCAAGAAGAUGUAAAUAUUGAAUAUUCCUUACUUAAUCGUACAAAAAAGACCGUUCAAGUUGGUGUGGGAUCAAACCAAGAAAACAACAAAUCUGCGAAAUCACCUGUAUCAAUAGCCGAUCAGAAUCUAUUAGAGAUAAUAGAAGUAUUAGAUAAAUUAUCUAAAGACAUUAGAACUAUUGACCAUUCUGAUAGAAUCAACCUAGAAGAUAAAAUUAAAUUAAAGAAUGGUGAUAAUCUCUACAUUGAAGUAUUCGAUGAAACAGCCUUGGCUUUGGAAAGAGAAAAACAAAAAGAAGAAAAGGAAUUACAAGAUAUUUUAAAUGAUUUUACAAUGAUAGAUGACUCACCACAUAGCAAACCUUAUGCAGUAUUUCCAGUUGGAGUUUCUAGAUAUACCAUCAUGAAAUCAUUGAAACUAAAUUGUUUUAGUUUGAAAAACAGAGAUGGUCAAACAAACAAAAUUAUGUUUGAACCAUAUCCAGCUGGAAACUACACUCUUUUAUUAUAUGAUACUCAAGAUCCAAACUGGUUUUAA